UGACUAAUGAGAAUCAGAGGCCAUGGAUGAAGAUGAACUUGAAAUACAACCACAGGAGCCAAACUCAUGUUUUGAUGGAAUAGUUUAUUCAGAACACUUCCCUUACACUUGCAUUUGAUCAUCACAACAGUCCCAUGAGGUAUGCAUGGCAAAUACUACUGUCCUCAUUUCACUGAUGAGGAAACAAAAACUCAAGGGGGUAAAUGACUUGUCCAGGGUCACAGACUGAAUGUCCUAACUGUUCUCUGAUUUAGACCUUUUUUAAUCAGUUCUUUUUGCACUAAUACUUUCACAGUUAUGUUUUUAAGAUGCAGUUUAAAGUCAUCUGUUGCAUAAUGUGAAUUAUUACAAACAUUGAAAACAAAUUAUCAUUGAGUAUUUUGUCAGAAGUUUUAUAGAAAGAAAAUGUCCUUUUGUUAUUGUUUCUAUGUGUAAUUAGUUGGGUAUUUACCUGUUUAAAGAGUUACUGCAUAUUAUAUUAUUCUUUGGCCAUUCUUAAUCUUUUUUGUUUGUUAAAGAAUCUGCUCUUAGAGCCUGCUCAUUGACACAGGAUCAUUGGGCUAGGUAUCUGUGUAAAUUCAGCUUCUCUUAAGUCACAGCCAGGGACACUUAAGUAGCUAGUUAGUUAAGACUUCCAUAUUUCUUUUUUACUGGUCCAAGAGCCAAGAUACCAGAUUUGUUUUUGUUUAUCUAUGUCAUGUUUGGUUAAGUAUAUUUUCUUCUUUUCUCACUCAUGGCAUUCUUGUGUUGUUCGAACAACUGUGAACUUGGUGAAGUCACUUAGUCUCAAUCAGUUCCAAUUGAUUUCACCUCUCGACCUUCACUCCUUAACUAAAUAAUGGAGUAGACUAGAGUUUCUUAUAUUCUGAGGAACUACCUUGGAGAUGGGAGGGUAAGGGCUCAGGAAGAGGCUCAGUGGAGGCAUAAUACUGUGAACUUGGUCAAGACCCACAGAGACCAACCUCAACCUCCACUGCUCCAUGCUGUUGUACCUUUUUUCAUCUUAUGGGUCCUCAGAGCUUCUUGGUCAGUUGUCUUUCUUCCUUUCUCUGUAACUAUGACAUUCUGUCUCUUUUCAUUAUAUGCCUGUCCUUGUAGUUGCUGGGAACUUUGUUUUUCUUUUAUGACUGCCCUGCCUUUCUUAUUUUUCUAUUUCUUUACAUGUUAAUUGUUCAGGGUUGAGUAAAAACUGUGUGUGUUAAUACUUUAUUUCUUAAAGCUGUUUUGUUGUUUGACAAAGCCAAGUAUAUGGUCUCUUUUCCUGGUGGAAAUGAAAUAAUAUUAAUAUCAUUUGAGAUUGUCAUUCAUGCCUACCUGAAAUUUGUCAUUUUAAUUUUUGUAUUUUUAAGGAACUGAUGCUACACACAUGGAUGGUGAUCAAAUUGUUGUGGAAGUACAAGAAACUGUUUUUGUUUCAGAUGUUGUGGAUUCAGAUAUAACUGUGCAUAAUUUUGUUCCUGAUGAUCCAGACUCAGUUGUAAUCCAAGAUGUUAUUGAGGAUGUUGUUAUUGAGGAUGUUCAGUGCUCUGAUAUCUUAGAAGAAGCAGAUGUGUCUGAAAAUGUCAUCAUUCCUGAUCAAGUGCUUUCCUCAGAUGUGACAGAAGAAGUGUCUUUAGCACAUUGCACAGUCCCAGAUGACGUCUUAGCUUCUGAUGUUACUUCAGCCUCAAUGUGUAUGCCAGAACACGUCUUGACCAGUGAGUCUGUACAUGUGUCUGACGUUGGACACGUUGAACACAUUGUUCAUGAUAGUGUAGUAGAGGCAGAAAUUGUCACUGAUCCUCUGACAACCAACAUAGUGUCAGAAGAUGUAUUGGUAGCAGAUUGUGCCUCAGAAGCAGUCAUAGAUGCCAACGGGAUCCCUGUGGACCAGCAGAAUGAUGACAAAGGCAACUGUGAGGACUACCUUAUGAUUUCCUUGGAUGAUGAUGGCAAAAUGGAACAGGACUGUUCUGCUGGUGUGACCAUAGACGCAGAGUCAGAAAUUGAUCCUUGUAAGGUGGAUGGCACUUGCCCUGAAGUCAUCAAGGUGUAUAUUUUUAAAGCUGACCCUGGAGAGGAUGACUUAGGUGGGACUGUUGACAUUGUGGAGAGUGAACCUGAGAAUGAUCAUGGAGUUGAAAUCCUUGAUCAAAAUAACAGUAUUCGUGUGCCAAGGGAAAAGAUGGUUUAUAUGACUGUCAGUGACUCUCAACAAGAAGAUGAAGAUUUAAAUGUUGCUGAAAUUGCAGAUGAAGUUUAUAUGGAAGUGAUUGUAGGAGAGGAAGAUGCUGUUGCUGCAGCAGCUGCUGCCACUGUGCAUGAACAGGAAAUGGAUGACAGUGAAAUGAAAACCUUCAUGCCAAUAGCGUGGGCAGCAGCUUAUGGUAAUAAUUCUGAUGGAAUUGAAAAUCGGAAUGGCACUGCAAGUGCUCUCUUGCACAUAGAUGAGUCUGCUGGACUUGGCAGACUGGCUAAACAAAAACCAAAGAAAAGGAGAAGACCUGAUUCCAGGCAGUACCAAACAGCAAUAAUUAUUGGUCCUGAUGGACAUCCCUUGACUGUCUAUCCUUGUAUGAUCUGUGGAAAAAAAUUUAAGUCGAGAGGUUUUUUGAAAAGGCACAUGAAAAACCAUCCUGAACACCUUACCAAAAAGAAGUACCGCUGUACUGAUUGUGAUUACACUACCAAUAAGAAGAUAAGUUUACACAAUCACCUGGAGAGCCACAAGCUUACCAGCAAGGCAGAGAAGGCCAUCGAAUGUGAUGAGUGUGGGAAGCAUUUCUCCCAUGCUGGGGCUUUGUUCACUCACAAAAUGGUGCAUAAGGAAAAAGGAGCCAACAAAAUGCAUAAAUGUAAAUUCUGUGAGUAUGAGACAGCUGAACAAGGGUUAUUAAACCGCCACCUUUUGGCAGUCCACAGCAAGAACUUUCCUCAUAUAUGUGUAGAGUGUGGUAAAGGUUUUCGUCACCCAUCAGAGCUCAAAAAGCACAUGCGAAUCCAUACUGGAGAGAAGCCGUACCAAUGCCAGUACUGUGAAUAUAGGUCUGCAGACUCUUCUAAUUUGAAGACCCAUGUGAAAACUAAGCAUAGUAAAGAAAUGUCUUUCAAUUGUGACAUUUGUCUUCUGACUUUCUCAGAUACCAAAGAGGUUCAGCAACAUGCUCUUAUCCACCAGGAAAGCAAAACACACCAGUGCUUGCAUUGUGACCACAAGAGUUCAAACUCUAGCGAUUUGAAACGUCACAUAAUUUCAGUUCACACAAAGGACUACCCCCAUAAGUGUGACAUGUGUGAUAAAGGCUUUCACAGGCCAUCAGAACUCAAGAAGCACGUGGCUGCCCACAAGGGUAAAAAAAUGCACCAGUGUAGACAUUGUGACUUUAAGAUUGCAGAUCCAUUUGUUCUAAGUCGCCAUAUUCUCUCAGUUCACACUAAAGAUCUUCCAUUUAGGUGUAAGAGAUGCAAAAAGGGAUUUAGGCAACAGAAUGACCUUAAAAAGCAUAUGAAGACACACAGUGGCAGGAAAGUGUAUCAGUGUGAGUACUGUGAAUAUAGCACUACAGAUGCCUCAGGCUUUAAACGGCAUGUUAUUUCCAUUCAUACGAAAGACUAUCCUCACCGUUGUGAGUACUGCAAGAAAGGGUUCCGAAGACCUUCAGAAAAGAACCAGCACAUAACGCGACAUCAUAAAGAAGUUGGCCUGCCCUAACAGUAACACAUCUACAGACUUUGUAGAGAUAUUGGCCUUGAAGCAGAAAUUUCAUUUUAAAGCUAUUCAGUCUUGUUCACAUACAGUACUGUACAUUGAUUUAUACUGUGUACAGGUAGGAUUAUUUCUUGUUAACUUUGCAUUUUACUCAGUAGAGUAUUCUGCAUCCUGUUCAGUUUAAAUGAGGAAAAGUAACAACCAAAAUUUUGUUUUUAAUAAUUUCUGAGUCUAUAUUGAAUGUUUCAGUCUUUGAAGUUUUACUGCUUUAAGUGUUUAUUCACCUGUAUGGUACUCUUCUAAGACCACAUGAAAGAUUAAAAAAAAACCCAUAGUAUUGGUAACUCUAAAAGUAAUCAUUUUCUCAUUUUUCCCGCACAAAUUUUUAGCAUUAAAUAGAAACAUCUCCUAAUGUCAAUGAGAGAUUUUACUGUCAGGUCUAAGUUAAACAUGAAAGUCAUUUCCUUGUCUGGCUGAACAUUUUCAGGUCACAUGACCAUGAAACUUCCCACUUGAGACUCUACCCGCUGAAUAUAAAAUAUUGACUAGGUUUGUGUUUAAUUUUCAUCCUGUUUAACAGAAAAAGCGUGCUUUGUUUUAUCCUCUUUGUAGUGUUGUGGUUUUUUUUGCCACCAUAGCAUGCUUUUAGAAUGUGAUAUUGAAAGGUUUUUCUUUUUCCUGUUUUUUACUCUUUUGUCUAUACUCCUUGUUUUGGGAUAGUUGUGUUCUGCAGAUGAGAUUUAUUGUGAACUAAGUUGAAAUUUUUUUAGAGAUGUAUGUGGCUCAUAGAUUGCACAGCUGGAUGUGUAAGGUACCCCAAAUUUUAUGUGUACCUUUUUGUUGCUUAUUUUAUGUACGUCAGCACCCAGUCCAAAAUUUUAAGUCUAUAAUGGGAAGAAUUAAAGGUACUGUAACCUGGAAGAUCCAGGUAUAUGAAAGAGCAUUUUCCCCAGCUUGUAAUUCAGAGGUUAAAAUUUAGCUGAAAAAUUGGGGGGGAAAAAUGACACUAGUGUAUUUAUAAAAAGUUAUGGUAACAGUCUUUGGUAAUUGGAAAAGAAAAGUCGUUUCUAGAUAGAAUGCUUACAUAACAACUUAAUCUUUAUACCUUAAAAAAAUUUCUGAAAAGCUAAUGGAGUAUCAAGACAUUGGCUCUCAGUUCUGAUUGAGAAACUUUUAAAGACACUGUCAUCUCAGAGAAUAAGAUGAUAGAGUAACAAAGGAGUAGCUCUAUAUAGUGAAGACUACUGCAAACUAAAGUUGACAAGUUAAAUGUUGACAUUUUAACGUAUAAGAUGAAUUCAAACAAUUACAAUUUGGUUAUGUUAAUACAAAUUUUAUACCACAGUUAAACACUUUUUAGUGUUUUAGUUAAAUUAGCUACUGGCAUAUAUGUACUGGCACAUGGGGGGAGAUUAGAAAUUUUUCUUCUCUUAGGAUAGGUACCUUACAACUUCAUUAUAUGGUGCUUUCUUCUACUUCUGCUGUAAAAGUUUCAUCUUUUUUGCCUUUCUCUGUGCCAUUAAUAUUCUUGUUCAGAAGUUUUAUUAAUAGGGUUAGAAAUCAAAGUAUUUGGGUUUAUUGACAGCCACUCAAGGCUAGGUUAAUUAAUUCUCAUUCUAAGUCAAGUGCUUUAGGUACGUAGGAAUUUAAACUUAGUGCCAGUCACAGGAUGGAUUUUGGAACCUCUGCCUUCUUGGCCUCCAUGUAUGUCCCCACCUGUUUUAGUAUCCAUCUGUUUUCCUGAUCUGGAAAACUGUUUCUGUGUGUAAGAGUCUUCUAAAUCCCCCUUGAAUUUGUUAACCCCUACAGUAACAGAAAAUGUUUAAUGAAAGUUUACAUUUAUGAAUUUUAGAACAUUCUGUAAAAUUAAUACAGAUAAAUAGCUAUUUAUAUUUUAAGGAAUAUACUGAAAGAUAACACAGAACUUUACAUAUUUCACACAUAUUCUGGAGUCAAACAGUUGUUUCUAAGCACAAUAUUGAAACCUUCAAAAGGUGUUUAAAGAUUUGGUCAAGUAAGUAUGGUAAAAUACUUGUCUUCAUAAAGAAAAAAUUAAAUUGUACUUAUUGUUAUGUGCUAAUAUUAGCUGAAAUUGUUUUAAUCCUUAAAACAAUUUGAUUAGCAAAGCUAAAAAAAAAAAAAUAGAUGUUUCAGUUUAAUAUUUUAAAGAGGUACCAGUUUUUAGAAAACAUAAGUUAUUUGUUGAAAUAACCUGUUAAAUAUUGUAUGUUCUUCUGUACAUUGUAAAAUACUUAAUAAGAAAUUCAUACAGAAAAAUGUGACACUAUUGUAAAUGUGUACUUGAAAGUAACAUGCAAAAAUAAAAAUCAGACUUAUUUUCCUGAUAA